UCACAGUACGUGCUGAAGCCCACCUUCACCGCGCAGCAGAUCACCAACCUGGACAAGCAGGCCAAGCUCUCCCGUGCCUACGAUGGCACCACGUACCUGCCCGGCAUCGUGGGGCUGAACAAUAUUAAAGCCAACGACUACGCCAACGCUGUUCUCCAGGCUUUAUCCAACGUGCCGCCGUUGAGGAAUUAUUUUUUGGAGGAGGAGAACUACAAGAGCAUCCAGCGCCCGCCCGGGGACAUCAUGUUCCUGCUGGUGCAGCGCUUUGGGGAGCUGAUGCGGAAGCUGUGGAACCCCCGGAACUUCAAAGCACACGUCUCGCCCCACGAGAUGCUGCAGGCCGUGGUCCUCUGCAGCAAGAAGAACUUCCAGAUCACCAAGCAAGGUGAGGGGGUCGACUUCCUCUCCUGGUUCCUCAACGCGCUGCACUCGGCCCUGGGCGGCACAAAGAAGAAGAAGAAGACCAUCGUCACCGACGUCUUCCAGGGGUCCAUGCGCAUCUUCACCAAAAAGCUGCCUCAUCCGGAUCUGCCGGCCGAGGAGAAGGCGCAGCUCCUGCAGAACACCGAGUACCAGGAGAUGAUGGUGGAAUCCACCUUCAUGUACCUGACGCUGGACCUCCCCACUGCCCCGCUCUACAAGGACGAGAAGGAGCAGCUCAUCAUCCCCCAGGUCCCCCUCUUCAGCAUCUUGGCCAAAUUCAACGGUGCCACCGAGAAGGAGUACAAGACCUACAAGGAGAACUUUCUCAAGCGCUUCCAGCUCACCAAGCUGCCUCCCUACCUCAUUUUCUGCAUCAAGCGCUUCACCAAGAACAACUUCUUUGUGGAGAAGAACCCCACCAUCGUCAACUUCCCCAUCACGUGA